ACACACACACACACACACACACACACACACACACACCACACACUCACACACACACACACACACACACACACACACACACACACACACACACACACACACACACACACACACACACACACACACACACACACACACACACACACACAUUCAUUAAUUCAGUUAAUGCACUCGCAGGAGUAGCUGAGCCAUCAGGGAUGAUGUAAUGCUUUUGUCAGUGCUUCCUGUUCCUCCUCCUGCAACUACACUUCCUGUUCCUCCUCCUGCAACUACACUUCCUGCUGACUCCUUAAACACGUCCCUCUUUCCUCGCUGCUCCGAUCAGUGUGUGUGUGUAUGUGUGUGUAUGUGUGUAUGUAUGUGUGUAUGUGCGUGUGUAUGUGUGUGUGUGUGUGUAUGUGUGUGUGUAUGUGUGUGUGUGCGUGUGUAUGUGUGUGUGUAUGUGUGUAUGUGUGUGUGUGUGUGUGUGUGUGUGUGUGUGUGUGUGUGUGUGUGUGUGUGUGUGUGUGUGUGUGUGUGUGUGUGUAUGUGUGUAUGGUUGUAAAGUAUCAACGUAGACACUACCUUGACCAUGUGUCCCUAACCCUUUUGUCUAACCCAUGUCCCUCGUCUGUCUCCCUGUAUCCUCCCCUCAGCUUCCCUAACUUUGACCUGGAGGAGUCAGGUCAGUGUCAGGGGGACUGGCUGCUCCUGGGCCCCACCUGGAGAGAGGAGUACCGGGUGUGUGGAUCCCUCCUCCCACCUCCCUUCAUCUCCUCCAUUGGGAGAGUGUGGCUCUACUUCCACUCACAGGCCAACAGCUCAGGACUGGCUCAGGGGUUCAGACUGUCUUAUAUCAGAGGUCGCCUGGGCCAGUCCAGCUGUCAGAGUGAUGAGUUCCUGUGUGGUAACGGUAAAUGUCUUCCCCGGACGUGGCGCUGUAACGGCCUGGAUGAGUGUGGCGACGCUACUGACGAACGGAGCUGUUCCCCCCCUCCCACCCCUCCCCGCGCCUCCCUCUGCCCCCCCGGCACCGCCCCCUGUACCCAGGCCCAGUCCACUCGCUGCCUGCCCCAAUCGCUGCGCUGCAACGGAGCCCAGGACUGCCCCGACGGCUCGGACGAGGCAGGGUGCCCCGACACGGCCUGCGGGAAACGCCUGGGGAACUUCUACGGAACGUUCGCCUCCCCAGACUUCUUCCGUCCCAACCGCAGCGCUGUGGGGGAGUUGAGGUGCUCCUGGCUACUGGACACUCAGGACACUAAGCCCAUCGUGUUGCAGCUGGACCUGGGGUUAGGGCCCGGGGACUCCCUCCACGUCUACGAUGGGCUGGUCCAGAGAGCAGAGCGCCUCCUGCAGGCCCUGUCUCAUCAUAACAACAGGAGACCAACCCUGUUAGAAUCCAGUAGAGGACAGAUGAGUCUACAGUACCUGGCCCAACCACUCAGCCCUGGGCAUGGGUUCAACGCGACAUACCAGGUCAAAGGUUACUGUUUCCCUGGGGAACACCCGUGCGGAGAGGACCAGGGCUGUUACUCUGAGCGCCAGCGCUGUGACGGGUACUGGCACUGCCCUACGGGGCGCGACGAGGAGGAGUGCCCAGUUUGCCAGGAGGGCGAGUACCCCUGUGAGGGGGGCAGCGGGGCCUGCUACCCUGCCUCGGAAAGAUGUAACAACCAGAAGAAGUGCCCAGACGGUUCUGAUGAGAAGAACUGUUUUGACUGUCAGCCGGGUAACUUCCACUGUGGCACCAACCUGUGUAUCUUCGAGACGUGGCGCUGCGACGGCCAGGAGGACUGUCUGGACGGGAGUGACGAGAGAGACUGCUUGGGAGCUGUACCCAGGAAGGUGAUCACUGCUGCUCUGAUUGGCUCUCUGGUCUGUGGCCUCCUCCUUGUCAUCGCUCUGGGCUGUGCCUUCAAACUCUACUCCCUCCGGACAAGAGAGUACAGAGCAUUUGAGACCCAGAUGACCCGUCUGGAGGCGGAGUUUGUUCAGAGGGAGGCUCCGCCCUCCUAUGGUCAGCUGAUCGCCCAGGGCCUCAUCCCACCGGUGGAGGACUUCCCUGUGUACAACCCCACUCAGGCCUCCAUGCUCCAGAACAUUCGUACAGCGAUGCGUAGGCAGAUCAGAAGACACUCCUCCCGCCGGGCCACGUCACACCGCCGCUUGGGGCGCCUCUGGAACCGUCUGUUCCACCGAGGGACCCGUCAUCUCCGCGGGCAGAUCCCCCUCCUCACACCCCCCGGGUCUCAGGUGGCUCUGGGCCUGCACUCCUACCACACCUCGGAGGGACCUGGAGCCAGGGCUGGGGAUGGAGGUGGCGGGGCGGGCAUGGUGGGGGGCAUGUCGGGCACGGGAUCAGCAAGGACCCCCUCCUGCUGCUCUACGGCAGCAGUAGGCUUCGCCCUGCACGCCCACACCCAGGCCCUGUCACAGUCCCAGUCCUCCCACCCCUCCUUGGAGUCUCCCCGCUCCCCACCCUCCCCCUCUGACAGUGAACCAUCCGAGGGGUCUCCAUGUUCCCCAGAGAGCCAGGGUAGCAGGGUUAGGUUGCCCCUCAGCGAGCUCUCCACCCCUGGGCAGCAGAGUGACUCAUUAACGUCUGCCGCCAGCAUACUGAGCCAGCAGUGCCCCCCAGAGGGCAGCACAGGUCAUUACACCCGCCGGGUCUCCAGGAAGCUGGUCCUGGGGCUGGCUGCCAACCUGAGAGGGGUAGCCCUACGACGCUACUCCCCCAUGGGGCUCACCUCCCCCGUUACUCCCCUUGUCCUUCCCCCUCCAGACUCCCAGCUGCCCUGCCACCACCCCCUGACCUCCCCUCAGACGUCAACCCCCUCGGGGUCUUCAGAUGACAGUCAGAGGUUCCAUGCCCUGGAAGUGCCAACCCGGGAGAGGAGGAGGAGGAGGAGGAGGAGGAGGAGGGGGAGGGGUAUAGGGGUGCCUAGUGGACUGAACACCAGCAGCAGUGAGGAGGAGGAGGAAGAGGAUGGAGAUGAGACUCUACUGAUCUGCUAGUAUGAAGGAGCUGCCUUGACCAGGUGGCAAUAGACAGACAUACAGACAGACAGACAGACAGACAGACAGACAGACAGACAGACAGACAGACAGACAGACAGACAGACAGACACAGACACAGACACAGACAGACAGACAGACAGACAGACAGACAGACAGACAGACAGACAGACAGUACUGCAGGUGGCUGUAGACUCUGUACUAGUGGGCCAGUUAUUGGACUGUAGUCUGACAUAGCUGUAGACUCUGUAGUGGACUGUAGCCUGACAGCUGUAGACUCUGUACUAGUGGACCAGUUAUUGGACUGUAGCCUGACAGCUGUAGACUCUGUACUAGUGGGCCAGUUAUUGGACUGUAGUCUGACAUAGCUGUAGACUCUGUACUAGUGGACCAGUUAAUGGACUGUAGUCUGACAUAGCUGUAGACUGUACUAGUGGGCCAGUUAUUGGACUGUAGUCUGACAUAGCUGUAGACUCUGUACUAGUGGACCAGUUAUUGGACUGUAGUCUGACAUAGCUGUAGACUCUGUACUAGUGGACCAGUUAAUGGACUGUAGUCUGACAUAGCUGUAGACUCUGUACUAGUGGGCCAGUUAUUGGACUGUAGUCUGACAUAGCUGUAGACUCUGUACUAGUGGACCAGUUAUUGGACUGUAGUCUGACAUAGCUGUAGACUCUGUACUAGUUGGCCAGUUAUUGGACUGUAGUCUGACAUAGCUGUAGACUCUGUACUAGUGGACCAGUUAUUGGACUGUAGUCUGACAUAGCUGUAGACUCUGUACUAGUGGACCAGUUAUUGGACUGUAGUCUGACAUAGCUGUAGACUCUGUCUCUCUGGCUGAAACACCAAGAGCUGGAGAAUAACGGACUAAUGGGACAGUGGAUGAUCUCAGAGAAGCACAAUGAUUUCAGUCCCUCCACCGCCUCCAUCUGCUCAUCCCUCCAUCCCUGCCUUACCAGAGAUCUAAAACUGAGAGCAGUACAUCAGUCUGUCUACUGACUCUGACUCAGUCACUCUGACUCAGUCACUCUGACUCAGUCACUCUGACUCAGUCACACUGACUCAAUCACACUGACUCAGUCACACUGACUCAGUCACUCUGACUCAGUCACUCUGACUCAGUCACACUGACUCAGUCACACUGACUCAGUCACACUGACUCAGUCACACUGACUCAGUCACACUGACUCAGUCACUCUGACUCAGUCACACUGACUCAAUCACUCUGACUCAAUCACACUGACUCAGUCACACUGACUCAGUCACUCUGACUCAGUCACACUGACUCAGUCACUCGGACUCAGUCACACUGACUCAGUCACACUGACUCAGUCACACUGACUCAGUCACUCUGACUCAAUCACUCUGACUCAGUCACUCUGACUCAGUCACUCUGACUCAGUCACUCUGACUCAGUCACACUGACUCAGUCACACUGACUCAGUCACACUGACUCAGUCACACUGACUCAGUCACUCUGACUCAAUCACACUGACUCAUAUCAUCAUCGUCUGUUUUUGUAAACGUUGUCAGUGAGGUAAAAAAAAACUGCGAAUGACAUCACACGCUGGAUCACUUGAAGUGAUGAACAGGAUGUGACACAAGACGAAGAUGUUUUGAGGAAGUUGUGAAAUUAAGUGUUAUUAUGAAUGUGAUAUCUGACUGUUAUCGUAGAUGUUUAAGCAGUGGCCUAUCUUGGUACCCUCUCUAGACGAUGACUAUCUUGGUACCCUCUCUAGACGAUGACUAUCUUGGUACCCUCUCUAGACGAUGGUUGGACCACAGGCAGUGGAAGGGGUGUCUACUCAGUCACAGUGGCUGAGUCAUAAAUGGUAACCUAUUCCCUAUAUAGUGCACUACUUUUGGCCAGAGCUCUAUGGGGUAGGCUAUAGGGCAUGGUUAGAGAACAGAGCCCUAUGGGGUAGGCUAUAGGGCAUGGUUAGAGAACAGAGCUCUAUGGGGUAGGCUAUAGGGCAUGGUUAGAGACCAGAGCUCUAUGGGGUAGGCUAUAGGGCAUGGUUAGAGAACAGAGCCUUAUGAGCUAGGCUAUAGGGCAUGGUUAGAGAACAGACCUCUAUGGGGUAGGCUAUAGGGCAUGGUUAGAGAACAGAGCUCUAUGGGGUAGGCUAUAGGGCAUGGUUAGAGAACAGAACUCUAUGGGGUAGGCUAUAGGGCAUGGUUAGAGAACAGAACUCUAUGGGGUAGGCUAUAGGGCAUGGUUAGAGAACAGAACUCUAUGGGGUAGGCUAUAGGGCAUGGUUAGAGAACAGAACUCUAUGGGGUAGGCUAUAGGGCAUGGUUAGAGAACAGAGCCCUAUGGGGUAGGCUAUAGGGCAUGGUUAGAGAACAGAGCCCUAUGGGGUAGGCUAUAGGGCAUGGUUAGAGAACAGAGCUCUAUGGGGUAGGCUAUAGGGCAUGGUUAGAGAACAGAGCCCUAUGGGGUAGGCUAUAGGGCAUGGUUAGAGAACAGAGCUCUAUGGGGUAGGCUAUAGGGCAUGGUUAGAGAACAGAGCCCUAUGGGGUAGGCUAUAGGGCAUGGUUAGAGAACAGAGCUCUAUGGGGUAGGCUAUAGGGCAUGGUUAGAGAACAGAGCUCUAUGGGGUAGGCUAUAGGGCAUGGUUAGAGAACAGAACUCUAUGGGGUAGGCUAUAGGGCAUGGUUAGAGAACAGAACUCUAUGGGGUAGGCUAUAGGGCAUGGUUAGAGAACAGAGCCCUAUGGGGUAGGCUAUAGGGCAUGGUUAGAGAACAGAGCCCUAUGGGGUAGGCUAUAGGGCAUGGUUAGAGAACAGAGCUCUAUGGGGUAGGCUAUAGGGCAUGGUUAGAGAACAGAGCCCUAUGGGGUAGGCUAUAGGGCAUGGUUAGAGAACAGAGCUCUAUGGGGUAGGCUAUAGGGCAUGGUUAGAGAACAGAGCCCUAUGGGGUAGGCUAUAGGGCAUGGUUAGAGAACAGAGCUCUAUGGGGUAGGCUAUAGGGCAUGGUUAGAGAACAGAGCCCUAUGGGGUAGGCUAUAGGGCAUGGUUAGAGAACAGAGCUCUAUGGGGUAGGCUAUAGGGCAUGGUCAGAGAACAGAACUCUAUGGGGUAGGCUAUAGGGCAUGGUUAGAGAACAGAGCCCUAUGGGGUAGGCUAUAGGGCAUGGUUAGAAAACAGAGCCCUAUGGGGUAGGCUAUAGGGCAUGGUUAGAAAACAGAGCCCUAUGGGGUAGGCUAUACUGUGCUAUGGAGACAGCUCAGGGAUGGUACAGAAAUCCCCCAUAUCUUUCCUAUCUGUUGUUACUGAAAGGCAUUCUGGGAUGCUGUCUGAAAUGACACUCUAUUCCCUUUACAGAGAGCGAUACUUCUGACCGGAGCCUCACAAACCUUGGUCUAAGACUUACCCCAUACGGCUCUGGGCAACACGAGGGCACUACAUAGACAAUACAGGGGCCAUUUGGGACACAGCCCCAGGACAACAGGAAGUCCUCUGGUGUUUAAUAAAGGUCAUGUUGGUAAUGAUGGAGAGACAGACAACAGGAAGUCCUCUGGUGUUUAAUAAAGGUCAUGUUGGUAAUGAUGGAGAGACAACAGGAAGUCCUCUGGUGUAAUAAAGGUCAUGUUGGUAAUGAUGGAGAGACAGACAACAGGAAGUCCUCUGGUGUAAUAAAGGUCAUGUUGGUAAUGAUGGAGAGACAGACAACAGGAAGUCCUCUGGUGUUUAAUACAGGUCAUGUUGGUAAUGAUGGAGAGACAGACAACAGGAAGUCCUCUGGUGUUUAAUACAGGUCAUGUUGGUAAUGAUGGAGAGACAGACAACAGGAAGUCCUCUGGUGUUUAAUACAGGUCAUGUUGGUAAUGAUGGAGAGACAGACAACAGGAAGUCCUCUGGUGUUUAAUACAGGUCAUGUUGGUAAUGAUGGAGAGACAGCAGGAAGUCCUCUGGUGUUUCAUACAGGUCAUGUUGGUAAUGAUGGAGAGACAGACAACAGGAAGUCCUCUGGUGUUUAAUACAGGUCAUGUUGGUAAUGAUGGAGAGACAGACAACAGGAAGUCCUCUGGUGUUUAAUACAGGUCAUGUUGGUAAUGAUGGAGAGACAGACAACAGGAAGUCCUCUGGUGUUUAAUACAGGUCAUGUUGGUAAUGAUGGAGAGACAGACAACAGGAAGUCCUCUGGUGUUUAAUACAGGUCAUGUUGGUAAUGAUGGAGAGACAGACAACAGGAAGUCCUCUGGUGUUUAAUACAGGUCAUGUUGGUAAUGAUGGAGAGACAGACAACAGGAAGUCCUCUGGUGUUUAAUAAAGGUCAUGUUGGUAAUGAUGGAGAGACAGACAACAGGAAGUCCUCUGGUGUUUAAUAAAGGUCAUGUUGGUAAUGAUGGAGAGACAGACAACAGGAAGUCCUCUGGUGUUUAAUAAAGGUCAUGUUGGUAAUGAUGGAGAGACAGACAACAGGAAGUCCUCUGGUGUUUACUACAGGUCAUGUUGUUAAUGAUGGAGAGACAGACAACAGGAAGUCCUCUGGUGUUUAAUAAAGGUCAUGUUGGUAAUGAUGGAGAGACAACAGGAAGUCCUCUGGUGUUUAAUACAGGUCAUGUUGGUAAUGAUGGAGAGACAACAGGAAGUCCUCUGGUGUUUAAUACAGGUCAUGUUGGUAAUGAUGGAGAGACAGACAACAGGAAGUCCUCUGGUGUUUAAUACAGGUCAUGUUGGUAAUGAUGGAGAGACAGACAACAGGAAGUCCUCUGGUGUUUACUACAGGUCAUGUUGGUAAUGAUGGAGAGACAGACAACAGGAAGUCCUCUGGUGUUUACUACAGGUCAUGUUGGUAAUGAUGGAGAGACAGACAACAGGAAGUCCUCUGGUGUUUAAUACAGGUCAUGUUGGUAAUGAUGGAAAGACAGCAGGAAGUCCUCUGGUGUUUAAUACAGGUCAUGUUGGUAAUGAUGGAGAGACAGACAACAGGAAGUCCUCUGGUGUUUAAUACAGGUCAUGUUGGUAAUGAUGGAGAGACAACAGGAAGUCCUCUGGUGUUUAAUACAGGUCAUGUUGGUAAUGAUGGAGAGACAGACAACAGGAAGUCCUCUGGUGUUUAAUACAGGUCAUGUUGGUAAUGAUGGAGAGACAGACAACAGGAAGUCCUCUGGUGUUUAAUAUAGGUCAUGUUGUUAAACGGGAAAUGACAGCAUUUUAGCGACAUGAAAUCUUAUUAAAAUCUGUUCAUAUUCACCCCCAGGAAGAAUAUGACAAUUUAUUUUUUACAUUUUCUGACAAGCGAGCACAUAGAAAUGGUCAUUUUCACAUUUUCAUAAAUUCUUAGAAUGUUUUGGGAAUUGCGUAUAUAGGAGGGCAUUUUGUAGAAAAUUCUAUAGCAAUAUAGUCUGGGAAAGUGGCCAAAUAGACACUGCAGGAAAUAAAACCGAAUAAAAUCAUCUGUCACAUCCAGGACCGGAGUCUACGCAGACUGGUGGGCCUCAGCCAAUCAGAGGGCUGCCAUGAAUGUAGUGUAGUAUGAUGGUACCUGCCAUCGUUCACUUUGAACUGGACUGUGUGUUUGCAGGUUUUUGCAACAGCUGGACAUUAGAACGCAUUUGGCAAAAGCCACAAAAUACACACCUGGAUGGAUUUCUGCAAAUAUGUAAAUCCCACGGGAGUCCUCUUAGAUUUGGGAACUUUACAGUCCUAUUGAUCAAGCAACCAUGAAAAGGUAGUCUCUCUCUCUCCCUCAGUUAUACACAUCAACAACCAUGAAAAGGUAGUCUCUCUCUCCCUCAGUUAUACACAUCAACAACCAUGAAAAGGUAGGCUCUCUCUCUCCCUCAGUUAUACACAUCAACAACCAUGAAAAGGUAGACUCUCUCUCCCUCAGUUAUACACAUCAACAACCAUGAAAAGGUAGGCUCUCUCUCUCUCAGUUAUACACAUCAACAACCAUGAAAAGGUAGGCUCUCUCUCUCUCAGUUAUACACAUCAACAACCAUGAAAAGGUAGUCUCUCUCUCCCUCAGUUAUACACAUCAACAACCAUGAAAAGGUAGUCUCUCUCUCUCUCAGUUAUACACAUCAACAACCAUGAAAAGGUAGGCUCUCUCUCCCUCAGUUAUACACAUCAACAACCAUGAAAAGGUAGUCUCUCUCUCUCAGUUAUACACAUCAACAACCAUGAAAAGGUAGUCUCUCUCUCCCUCAGUUAUACACAUCAACAACCAUGAAAAGGUAGUCUCUCUCUCCCUCAGUUAUACACAUCAACAACCAUGAAAAGGUAGGCUCUCUCUCUCUCUCUCAGUUAUACACAUCAACAACCAUGAAAAGGUAGGCUCUCCCUCAGUUAUACACAUCAACAACCAUGAAAAGGUAGACUCUCUCUCUCCCUCAGUUAUACACAUCAACAACCAUGAAAAGGUAGACUCUCUCUCCCUCAGUUAUACACAUCAACAACCAUGAAAAGGAAGGCUCUCUCUCCCUCAGUUAUACACAUCAACAACCAUGAAAAGGUAGUCUCUCUCUCUCCCUCAGUUAUACACAUCAACAACCAUGAAAAGGUAGACUCUCUCUCUCCCUCAGUUAUACACAUCAACAACCAUGAAAAGGUAGUCUCUCUCUCUCUCAGUUAUACACAUCAACAACCAUGAAAAGGUAGUCUCUCUCUCCCUCAGUUAUACACAUCAACAACCAUGAAAAGGUAGGCUCUCUCUCUCCCUCAGUUAUACACAUCAACAACCAUGAAAAGGUAGUCUCUCUCUCUCCCUCAGUUAUACACAUCAACAACCAUGAAAAGGUAGUCUCUCUCUCUCCCUCAGUUAUACACAUCAACAACCAUGAAAAGGUAGUCUCUCUCAGUUAUACACAUCAACAACCAUGAACAGGUAGUCUCUCUCUCUCCCUCAGUUAUACACAUCAACAACCAUGAAAAGGUAGGCUCUCUCUCUCUCCCGCAGUUAUACACAUCAACAACCAUGAAAAGGUAGUGUCUCUCUCUCCCCAGUUAUACACAUCAACAACCAUGAAAAGGUAGUCUCUCUCUCCCUCAGUUAUACACAUCAACAACCAUGAAAAGGUAGUCUCUCUCUCUCCCUCAGUUAUACACAUCAACAACCAUGAAAAGGAAGGCUCUCUCUCCCUCAGUUAUACACAUCAACAACCAUGAAAAGGUAGGCUCUCUCUCUCUCAGUUAUACACAUCAACAACCAUGAAAAGGUAGUCUCUCUCUCCCUCAGUUAUACACAUCAACAACCAUGAAAAGGUAGACUCUCUCUCCCUCAGUUAUACACAUCAACAACCAUGAAAAGGUAGGCUCUGUCUCCCUCAGUUAUACACAUCAACAACCAUGAAAAGGUAGGCUCUCUCUCCCUCAGUUAUACACAUCAAUAACCAUGGAAAGGUAGGCUCUCUCUCCCUCAGUUAUGCACAUCAAUAACUAAUGCUAGCCAGAUCAAUAACUAAUCCUAGCCAGAUCAAUAACUAAUGCUAGCCAGAUCAAUAACUAAUGCUAGCCAGAUCAACAGCUAAUGCUAGCCAGAUCAAUAACUAAUGCUAGCCAGAUCAACAGCUAAUGCUAGCCAGAUCAACAGCUAAUGCUAGCCAGAUGAACAACUAAUGCUAGCCAGAUCAACAACUAAUGCUAGCCAGAUCAACAACUAAUGCUAGCCAGAUCAACAACUACUGCUAGCCAGAUCAACAACUAAUGCUAGCCAGAUCAACAACUAAUGCUAGCCAGAUCAAUAACUAAUGCUAGCCAGAUCAAUAACUAAUGCUACCCAGAUCAAUAACUAAUGCUACCCAGAUCAACAGCUAAUGCUAGCCAGAUCAACAACUAAUGCUAGCCAGAUCAACAACUAAUGCUAGCCAGAUCAACAACUAAUGCUAGCCAGAUCAACAACUAAUGCUAGCCAGAUCAACAGCUAAUGCUAGCCAGAUCAACAACUAAUGCUAGCCAGAUCAACCACUAAUGCUAGCCAGAUCAACAGCUAAUGCUAGCCAGAUCAACAACUAAUGCUAGCCAGAUCAACAACUAAUGCUAGCCAGAUCAACAACUAAUGCUAGCCAGAUCAAUAACUAAUGCUAGCCAGAUCAAUAACUAAUGCUACCCAGAUCAAUAACUAAUGCUACCCAGAUCAACAGCUAAUGCUAGCCAGAUCAACAACUAAUGCUAGCCAGAUCAACAACUAAUGCUAGCCAGAUCAACAACUAAUGCUAGCCAGAUCAACAACUAAUGCUAGCCAGAUCAACAACUAAUGCUAGCCAGAUCAACAGCUAAUGCUAGCCAGAUCAACAACUAAUGCUAGCCAGAUCAACCACUAAUGCUAGCCAGAUCAACAGCUAAUGCUAGCCAGAUCAACAACUAAUGCUAGCCAGAUCAACAACUAAUGCUAGCCAGAUCAACAACUAAUGGUAGCCAGAUCAACAACUAAUGCUAGCCAGAUCAACAACUAAUGCUAGCCAGAUCAACAACUAAUGCUAGCCAGAUCAACAACUAAUGCUAGCUAGCUAGAUCAACCACUAAUGCUAGCCAGAUCAACCACUAAUGCUAGCCAGAUCAACAACUAAUUCUAGCCAGAUCAACGACUAAUGCUAGCCAGAUCAACAACUAAUGCUAGCCAGAUCAAUAACUAAUGCUAGCCAGAUCAAUAACUAAUGCUAGCCAGAUCAACAGCUAAUGCUAGCCAGAUCAACAACUAAUUCUAGCCAGAUCAACAACUAAUGCUAGCCAGAUCAACAACUAAUGCUAGCCAGAUCAAUAACUAAUGCUAGCCAGAUCAACAGCUAAUGCUAGCCAGAUCAACAACUAAUGCUAGCCGGAUCAACAACUAAUGCUAGCCAGAUCAACAGCUAAUGCUAGCCAGAUCAACAACUAAUGCUAGCCAGAUCAAUAACUAAUGCUAGCCAGAUCAACCACUAAUGCUAGCCAGAUCAAUAACUAAUGCUAGCCAGACCAACAACUAAUGCUAGCCAGAUCAAUAACUAAUGCUAGCCAGAUCAAUAACUAAUGCUAGCCAGAUCAAUAACUAAUGCUAGCCAGAUCAAUAACUAAUGCUAGCCAGAUCAACAGCUAAUGGUAGCCAGAUCAAUAACUAAUGCUAGCCAGAUCAACAACUAAUGCUAGCCAGAUCAAUACCCAAUGCUAGCCAGAGCAAGAUGAGCUCAAAUCUAACAAAGGAAUAUUAGAUAAACCCUCUCAAACUUUUUCAGCUAGAUGGCCGUCAAAAUUUCACUGAUAAACGAUGGGGAAUAGUAGGUAGCCUGCUCGUCCUUCUGCAGCUUGCCUGCCAAUGCAUGCUUGUCCCAACCAAGCACCCAAGCUAACUGGCUAAAGUUGGCUAGCUUGCUAGCGAUCUUUUUCCGGAGAACGAAUGAGAGUACACCUCACUCUGACCAUUUUACUCUCCCUAUCAGAGCAGGUUAGGCUGUUUAAAUGUUAUCUAGAACGUUCUUGACUAAUUAUUACUUUUUAUUUGUCUACGUUCACUGACACCGGUCAUAUUCAGUGGGUUUUGGGCGUCCUUAAAUUUAUUUCGUAAAUUCAUCAGUUAUUCUGCGCUCUGGCACACUCAGACGAGAGUGAAUUUCCGAACGCAAGAGAGAUAUGCUAACUGGAUAAGCAGUCGUUCAACUUCGACAUAGCUAGCUAGCAAAGCGAUUCACAUUUCUUGCUAGCUAACCCGAAAUGACACCAGCUUCUCUAGCUGUUGUAUAGCCACCGAAAAACGAUAUGAGUGGCGGAAAAGUCAGUCAUUCACCCUCUCCUCCAAUGACAUGACAUCCUCCUAACAGCUAGCUAGCUAACGUUCGACUCUGGGUUAUUAGCUUUCUAUAUAAAUAGAUACGCUAGCCUAUUAGCCACGUUAACACGGACUUGUGAUCAUUUCUUUUGCUAGUUUGAUUGUAUUGACAUUCCCAGCCUUUUUAUAACGUAACUAUUGUAACGACCCUGGGUUUAUAAGCGCGGACAUCGACUCUGCCGCAUGAGCAUGCUUUUGUGGCACAGUCGAUAGCGCGCCGGACUUCGGGCUAGAAGGUCGAGGGUUCGAGAUCUGCUCCCUGCCUGUUUCGUUACAGUAUGUUUUUUAGUCCUGAAUAUUGAGUCGUUGAACCUGAAACAGUGGAUCGCGAAUGGGGAGACGGCAAACAACGUACCAGACCAGCAGUGAUUUACAACCCGAUAGCAAUGUGUUUUUUUGGGACGACCAAGAAAAUGUAUCGGUGAAUUCUAUUAAUCACGCAUUGAACUGCAUUCAUCUGUUCUGCCAACAAUGCCUUACUCUACGUCAUGGACUGUUAUAAAGUUGGUUUUUACAGCAUAAACUGGGAAUUUGACUGAUAUUAUGAUUGUCUAUUUGUUUCAUAUCUGCAAAGGAGUUAAAACACGGUCAGUUCCACUUUAAUGAGAACUAUUACAGACUUAAUGGUGUUCCAUUAGAGAAGUCUGUCUAUGCUAGCAGUCACACCAGGCUAACGGUUACACCCAGUCCCAUUAUAACCACCACCAGGGAAAUGACAGACUGGUAUUGUAUCAGACUCUUCCCUGGCUGUAUGGUCUGUGUCAGUCCCAUUAUAACCACCACCAGGGAAAUGACAGACUGGUAUUGUAUCAGACUCUUCCCUGGCUGUAUGGUCUGUGUCAGUCCCAUUAUAACCACCAGGGAAAUAACAGACUGGUAUUGUAUCAGACUCUUCCCUGGCUGUAUGGUCUGUGUUAGUCCCAUUAUAACCACCACCAGGGAAAUGACAGACUGGUAUUGUAUCAGACUCUUCCCUGGCUGUAUGGUCUGUGUCAGUCCCAUUAUAACCACCAGGGAAAUGACAGACUGGUAUUGUAUCAGACUCUUCCCUGGCUGUAUGGUCUGUGUUAGUCCCAUUAUAACCACCAGGGAAAUGACAGACUGGUAUUGUAUCAGACUCUUCCCUGGCUGUAUGGUCUGUGUUAGUCCCAUUAUAACCACCAGGGAAAUGACAGACUGGUAUUGUAUCAGACUCUUCCCUGGCUGUAUGGUCUGUGUUAGUCCCAUUAUAACCACCACCAGGGAAAUGACAGACUGGUAUUGUAUCAGACUCUUCCCUGGCUGUAUGGUCUGUGUCAGUCCCAUUAUAACCACCAGGGAAAUGACAGACUGGUAUUGUAUCAGACUCUUCCCUGGCUGUAUGGUCUGUGUUAGUCCCAUUAUAACCACCAGGGAAAUAACAGACUGGUAUUGUAUCAGACUCUUCCCUGGCUGUAUGAUCUGUGUCAGUCCCAUUAUAACCACCAGGGAAAUGACAGACUGGUAUUGUAUCAGACUCUUCCCUGGCUGUAUGGUCUGCAGUCCCAUUAUAACCACCAGGAAAAUAACAGACUGGUAUUGUAUCAGACUCUUCCCUGGCUGUAUGGUCUGUAGUCCCAUUAUAACCACCAGGGAAAUGACAGACUGGUAUUGUAUCAGACUCUUCCCUGGCUGUAUGGUCUGUGUUAGUCCCAUUAUAACCACCAGGGAAAUAACAGACUGGUAUUGUAUCAGACUCUUCCCUGGCUGUAUGGUCUGUGUUAGUCCCAUUAUAACCACCACCAGGGAAAUGACAGACUGGUAUUGUAUCAGACUCUUCCCUGGCUGUAUGGUCUGUGUUAGUCCCAUUAUAACCACCAGGGAAAUGACAGACUGGUAUUGUAUCAGACUCUUCCCUGGCUGUAUGGUCUGUGUUAGUCCCAUUAUAACCACCAGGGAAAUGACAGACUGGUAUUGUAUCAGACUCUUCCCUGGCUGUAUGGUCUGUGUUAGUCCCAUUAUAACCACCAGGGAAAUAACAGACUGGUAUUGUAUCAGACUCUUCCCUGGCUGUAUGGUCUGUGUCAGUCCCUUAUAACCACCAGGGAAAUGACAGACUGGUAUUGUAUCAGACUCUUCCCUGGCUGUUUGAUCUGUAGUCCCAUUAUAACCACCACCAGGGAAAUAACAGACUGGUAUUGUAUCAGACUCUUCCCUGGCUGUAUGGUCUGUGUUAGUCCCAUUAUAACCACCACCAGGGAAAUGACAGACUGGUAUUGUAUCAGACUCUUCCCUGGCUGUAUGGUCUGUGUUAGUCCCAUUAUAACCACCAGGGAAAUGACAGACUGGUAUUGUAUCAGACUCUUCCCUGGCUGUAUGGUCUGUGUCAGUCCCAUUAUAACCACCAGGGAAAUGACAGACUGGUAUUGUAUCAGACUCUUCCCUGGCUGUAUGAUCUGUGUUAGUUGAGGUGUUUUAAUACCUCAUUAACCUUAUUGCCAGGAGAAUAUCACCCAUGUAAUGUUUUCACUUUGUCAUUAUGGGUUAUUGUGUGUAGAUGGGUGAGAUAAAAAAAAAAAAAAGUAAUACAUUUUUAAAUCAGGUUGUAACAUAAUAAAAUGUGAAUAUGUCGAGGGGUGUGAAUACUUUCUGAAUGAACUAUAUAGAUUAGGGCUGUCGUCAAAUGAUUUAAAUAAUGAAUCGAGUUUUUUAAUUUGCUCAAAUUUGGCCCCAAAGAAAGAUUUUUUUCUAAGCUAACAUAUUAUGUAAUUGUUUAAAGAUGGUCAUACCAAGGAUCAUUUAGCUAGUUGAUUUAGCUUUUUAACACUCUAUAAGGUAUAAGAAAUUAUAAUAAAAACAUUAUUUGAUGAAA